UUCAGCUGACGUGCUGCUGCCUCAGAUGGUGUUCGCUCCUUGAAGUCACUGGGAAGCUCCUCCCUGCUCGUGUGUCUCUACUCAUCAGACAGAGCAAUGCUUUAGCCUGGGGAGAUGCAAAUAAAUCAGCACGCUGAGCUCAGCUAUGGAAGCUUGUUACAGCAGCACAAACCGAAAACGAUACGAGUACCAUUUUGUCAAAAGGGCCUUCUAAAUACAAUAUGACGAUACGGACCAGGGUUUCCACCAAGCUGUGGGUGCGCCGGUGAAGCAGGAAGAUGGAUGAAUAUUGCUUCGUAAUCAUGGCCGAAUGAUUCUUGAUGUUCUGCGCAUUAACCACGGCGACAAACCGAUCUGCUGUGGGCAACAGCGUGAUCGCCAUCUGAAAUAAAGUCGUCUCCUUUCGAUACAACUUGCAAAGAAAAAUACUUUAACACGUGGCAUAGUAAGCUUUGUAUUAUCUGUAAUUGCAGGGGGUCGGUUUUGUUCUAACUUGACAUUUCCCGCAGCACAGAAAGUGUUAUGCAUGGAGCUGCCUGAGCAUUGCGAGUAGAUGUCAGUAACACCAUGAACCCAGCCAGUGGCGCUGCUGAAAACCGACAACACUAUCACGGUAGAAAACAGCAACGGGCCUCUUCGCCGGCCAGAUUCCGGGACAUUAACUCGAGACCCUCCAUCAAGACUUCGCUGGCUGGCAAAGCUAAUGCGUUAAAGCAGGGCUACCAUCCCGGCCGGAUUUCCAGCUCCGCGGCUGCAAGCGUCAAGGAAAAGCCCAGCAGACCGGCGGCAACUGUCCUUGGUGCUGAAACGUUGGCGGCGGCGGCUCCAGACAGUGGCGGCGAGGAGGGAGAAAAGACGUCUGAGGCAAACCUUGCUAACAGUGGCCGCGCUCUGGGCAUUGCCGAGGUGCCGGCAACGUCGCAGCGGCAGGUGCUAGCAGCCGUGGCGGACAAGGGCAGGGGCAGGGGCGGGGAGCUGCGUGCAGACGGCGAGUUGCGAGAGGAGCGGCCGGGACGCGCCGGCGUGGGAUCGGCGCCGCCCAACGCGGGCAAAGCACUGUCCAGCGGCGCCGUCGCCGCCAUGCACACCAAAGGUGCGGCCGAGCCAGAGGAGAGGGCGGCAGCGGCAGCAGCAGCAGCAACAACAGCAGCAGCAGCAGCAGCAGCAGCAGCAACAACAGCAACAACAGCAGCCGGAGCCUCCACCAUGGAGCCGGUGAUGAUGGAGCAAGAAGAAACCCUACAAAAUGAGAUCGAGAAGCUGCGCUCGGAAAACCUGGGCCUUAAGGGCGAGAUCGAGGAGAUGCGAACCGAAAUGGAUGAAAUGAGGGACAGUUUCUACGAGGAGGAUGCGUGCCAGCUGCAAGACCUCAGGCGAGAGCUGGAGCGGGCCAACAAGAACUGCCGGAUCCUGCAAUACCGCCUGCGCAAGACCGAGAGGAAAAGGAUGAGGUUCGCCCAGACCGGGGAGGUGGACAACGAGCUACUGAGAAGUCUGGAGCAGGACCUUAAGGUUGCCAAAGACGUGUCUGUCCGGCUGCACCACGAAUUGGAAAAUGUGGAGGAAAAACGCACUAAAACAGAGGAAGAGAAUGAAACCUUGCGGCAGCAGUUAAUAGAGGCUGAAAUUACCAAACAAGCUCUGCAGAAUGAAAUGGACAAAACCAAAGAGUGUUCAUUGAAGCGACGUGGAAGUAAAGAUCUGCAAAAAACUGAAAAGAAACCUCAACAAAAUCAAGAGGAGGACAAUGAUGAUUUAAAAUGCCAACUACUGUUCAUCAAAGAAGAGGCAGUUUUAAUGCGUAAGAAAAUGGCAAAGAUCGACAAGGAGAAGGACAGACUGGAGCGUGAAUUGCUAAAGUACAAGUCAUUUUAUGGGGAUCUAGAGAGUCCUUUGCCAAAAGGUGAAGCAGGAGGACCUCCUACAACCAGAGAAGCUGAACUCAAACUACGUCUACGACUGGUAGAAGAAGAAGCUAAUAUCCUGGGGAGAAAAAUUGUCGAACUUGAGGUUGAAAAUAGAGGAUUAAAGGCUGAGUUGGAUGAUAUAAGGGCCCACUAUGAAAAAGGAGGCGUAGUUGGUGAAGAUUACAUGGGUGUCGGUGUUUCUGCUUUUCGGGAUCAAAGUGAAGCCGUGUCAGAAUUAAGACAGAACUUGCAGCUGGUUGAGGAUGAAGCUGAACUACUGAGACGAAACCUGGCUGACUUAGAAGACCAAAAUAAAAGACUUUCUGCUGAAGUCAAUAAAUACAAGUACAAAACAGGAACUGCUCAAGAUGCUGCCAGGAAUAGUGAGAAUUCCAAAGUUACAGAAGUGCUACAAGAAGAACUAAAGUCAGCUAGAAUGCAAAUCAAUGAACUCAGUGGCAAAGUCAUGCAGUUACAAUAUGAAAACCGUGUACUGAUGUCCAAUAUGCAACGCUAUGACCUAGCAUCCCAUUUGGGUAUCCGUGGAAGUCCCAGAGAUAGUGAUGCAGAAAGUGACGCAGGAAAAAAAGAAAGCGAUGAUGAUUCUCGGCCUCCUCACCGUAAAAGGGAAGGGCCCAUUGGUGGAGAAAGUGACUCGGAAGAAGUUCGCAACAUCAGGUGUUUACAGACUCCACCAAGGUCCUUAUUUUCUACAGAUGGUAGAUUGCUUCAAAAAAAUCUCAAGGACCGACAACAGAUGUCAGACAUACGGCUGGAGGCAGAGCGACUGAGCAGAACUAUAGAUCGAUUGAUAACAGACACAAGCACAAUAAUAACCGAAGCAAGAAUUUAUGUAGCAAAUGGUGAUCUGUUUGGCAGAAUUGAGGAAGAAGAUGAAAGCAGUAGGAUCAGAGAGCAUGAACUUCUCUACAGGAUCAACGCUCAGAUGAAAGCAUUUCGGAAGGAGCUGCAAACUUUCAUAGACAGACUAGAGGUACCGAAAACAACAGAUGAAAAAAACGCAGAGGAACCUUUGUCUGUUAGUCAGAUGUUUCAACCAAUUAUUUUACUUAUUCUCAUCCUUGUAUUAUUUUCAUCAUUGUCCUACGCUACCAUAUUUAAAUUGGUUUUUCUUUUCACACUUUUCUUUGUCCUGUAGAAUCCCCACCUCCUUCAGUACACAACCUUUUUUUGUUUGUUCAUUUAUUUUAAUAUCUCAUAAAGAAAUCAGCAAAUACAAGUAAUAUACUUAGCAGUCAAGACAUUACGGAAACAAAUAUGCAAACCUUUGUUAAAUACUGGAGACUACCAAUUUUCAGCACAGAUUUUUCCAUGAAGCCAUUAGAGAUAAAAAGACAUCCAAGUUAAUGAAUGGUGCACAGGUUGCUUUUGAGUAGGCAGCCUACUGAUUGUCAUUCAGAAAAAUGCAGGCAACUGGAGGAGAGGAGCGGAUUGAGAAAGCAAACUUGUACAAACUGAGUUCUCCUGCAUUACAGACUUUCGUUUGGGGUAUGUGUUGCAGACAAGACUGGACUUUGCAUCUUUUGUGAUUGUCUGCAACUUUGAGGUCUUCAUUUGAAAGCCAAACUCCAGAAUUUGCAGCCAGUUGUUCUUCUACAAAGGACUCUCCUUCAACAUAGACUCCUCCAGCGAAGAAGUGUGAAAUUGUGCCAGUUCUUCAUCGCUUAUUUAUGGGGAAUCUGCUCGGAUAUCUGCAGGUGUCUGAGGGGCUGUACAGAGUCUUCAUAAGUGCGUCUCUCCCCUGAACUUCCUGUCCCACUCGAUUGUUUACGGACACUGUCGUCUGCUCAGAAAAGGGCAAGGCUUGACGUAAACACAAAGAGGAAGGCAGGCUGAUGAAAAUAGAAGAAUUUUGCUAGAUCUUGAGUCCGUUUUGGAAGGUGUUCAGGUUGAAAUUAACAAGGAGGAAAAUCAAAAGGCAAUACUUCAGCGUCAGUAUUCUAAUGAUAAAUAUGCC